AUGCUGCAGGAACUGCAGGCAUAUCUUGCUGCUGACAAGACCUUUGCUGAUGGCCUCGAGCGCCUCGACGCCCAAGCCGUCCUUGAUCGCGCCCGGCAGCUGCUGCGCCGCUCGCCGGCGUUCUGGCGCGCCAUCCGCCAGGCGACCGCAGGCGAUGUUGAG